GCCCAAAUUUAAAUAAUAAUAAAUGGAAAAUAUAAAUGGCAUUGAUAGUGGAGGCAGUGCAGCAGGCUUUUGUUGUUGACAUGACAUCUUCUUCACCUUCUCGUUUUGGUUGCAGGAGGUGUGAUAUUUAUGCGUACAGUAUAGUCUGCAGCUGAUCAACUGAAAAAGGUACAGCAGCAAAUUUGUAAUCAUGAUGGAGAUGGGCUCUGGGGGAGGAUUAAGCGAUAUGACGACGGCGGUUUCUGGCGAGCAACACCACCAGCUGAAGGUGGAGAUCGCCAAUCACCCUCUUUAUCCGCAGCUGCUGUCUGCACACGUGGCGUGCCUACGCGUCGCCACGCCGAUUGAUCAACUUUCUUCCAUUGAUGAUCAGCUCUCUCAGUCUCAAAAUAUCUUGCGCUCUUACGCUCAAAACACAUCCAAUUAUAUUCCACUCUCUCCGCAGGAAAGACAAGAACUCGACAACUUCUUGACGCAGUAUUUCAUGGUAUUGUGGUCAUUCAAGGAACAGCUCCAGCAACAUGUGAGAGUACAUGCUGUUGAAGCUGUGAUGGCCUGCCGUGAAAUUGAGCAAAACUUGCAUUCCCUCACUGGUGCCACAUUUGGUGAAGGAACUGGUGCAACAAUGUCGGAUGACGAGGAUGAUCUGCAAAUGGAUUUCUCAUUGGACCAAUCUGGAGGUGAAGGCAAUGACCUGAUGGGAUUCGGACCAUUGCUUCCCACAGAAUCUGAGAGGACUUUAAUGGAAAGAGUAAGACAGGAACUGAAGAUCGAGCUCAAACAGGGAUUCAAGUCGAGAAUAGAAGACGUUAGGGAAGAAAUAUUACGUAAAAGACGGGCAGGAAAAUUACCAGGCAACACAACAUGCGUACUCAAGAAUUGGUGGCAGCAGCACUCAAAGUGGCCAUAUCCAACUGAGGACGACAAAGCGAAGCUUGUGGAGCAGACAGGGCUGCAGCUUAAGCAGAUAAACAAUUGGUUCAUCAACCAAAGGAAGCGCAACUGGCACAGUAAUUCUCAGUCGGCCAAGUCAAAGCGCAAGAGAUGAACAACAUGUAUGUAUGUAUGUAUGCCUAUGAAUGGUUCAGAAUUCAGAAUUCAUUGAUGAGAAAUUAAGAUAGUGCUUGUGUAUGACUAUGACUA